AUGAACAAUUUAAUAGCACACUUACUUAUAGUUACCAAGAGAUUGUCUGUGAAGAAAAAAAUUAAGAAGAAAAAGAAGAAACCACCAGCAACAGCAGAUAAAGGCCCUGAUAGGAGAAAGCUGGGGGAAAUUACAGAAGAAAGCAAAGCUCAUAUAGAAAGUCUUCCAGAGCCUGAAAGUGAUGCUUUGUUGCCGAUCAACACUUUCAGCUUUCUGGAAUCUCUGAUGCCAUUACAUGAAGCAUCUUCUAAGAAUCAGAAACAUAAAAAGGUACAACAUUCUAUCAAGCUUGAAGAGAUUAUAGAUAAUAAGGAAGACACAGAAGGCUUGAUGAAGCAGUUGAUGGCAUUACAGAACAAGUCACCAACUGCUAAUAAUCUCAAAAUUUCGGUGCACUAUGAACGAAUAGAAGAGACUGAUAGUAAGGAGGAAGAUGCUCCUCCACUGCAGAUUGAGAUGGAAACUACUUCUAUCCCACUGCAGACUUCAGAACCCUCAGAACCUGAGAGGAUAGAGAAGAGUGCAGAAACGGAAACAGCUCCUAGUAAAGGAAGCCUUCCAAAACCUGAAAGUGAGGCUUGUCUGCCACCCAGUGCUUUAAGCUUUCUGGAACAGUUGAAGGCCUCAUUUAGAAAGCCUUCUGGGAAUCGGAAACGCAAAAAGGUACAGCGCACUAUGAUGAUUGAAGAGAUUAUAAGUGAUGAAGAAGACACUGCUGAAUAUACUGAAGUCUUCUUGAAGCAGUUAAAGGACGUAUGUAAUGAGUCCCCAACUGCUUAUGACCCAAAAAUUGAAGUGCAAAUUUUGCAGAUUGAACCGAAUGAAAACAUCUGUAGUGAAAGUGAGCUACAAAGUGUUACUUCACUAGAACAGUCUUCAGAACCCAAGAGGUGA